GACAAAAUCACCCCUUUGAAUAUGAAAACAAAUAAUCAAAAGAAGGGAGUGAUAAAUGUAAGUAUUAGUUUCAGUGGGGAGCUUGUGUUGUGUUUUGUUGAAGUCUCUUACUUGGAUCUGAUUUCUCUGAGCUUCAGACAGAUAUGGUUAUUCCACCCCCAGCGAGGCCUCCCAGGAUUAUAAAUUUUCUGAAACCUUAUGUUCUGAAGAUGCAUUUUACCAACAAGUAUGUGAGUGCCCAGGUGAUUCACAGCCCAACUGCUACUGUAGCCUCUUCUGCAAGCUCACAGGAGAAAGCCUUGAGAUCAAGCUUGGAAACUACUCGCGAUGUGGCUGCAGCUGCAAAGAUUGGGAAGAUACUAGCCGAACGCCUUUUGCUCAAGGACAUUCCUGCUGUUUCUAUUCACUUGAAGAGAGAGCAGAAAUAUCAUGGGGCAGUGCUCUCUGGUUUGGAUCUUAACACCAAGAUGUUCUGCAUCAAGAUGUUGGGUUGCUCUUCUGCUACCUGAACCUACUUAAACCCAAAGGUAAGUUUAUUAAAACACAUUACAGGGACAUUUGGAUUGUAUAAUGGAAAAACAAAAAUAGAUAGCUACUUGUAAAAUGGAAUCAAUAUCAUGUUUCAUAGUCAACUCCUCCCUCAUGCAUUAUUUUUUCAUUUGCCUACAGACCAUUCAUUUGAAAAACCCUCAUUGCACUUACACCGGCAUACAGUAUGCUAUUCAUUCAAAAGUACACAAAAUAUCAACAAUGGUAAAUUAGGCACAUACUUAAAACUAACAAAACAGCAAUCCUGCAGUCACAAA